AUGGCUACCCUUGCGCCCUAUGUGGUGCCCGCGCUGACCAAGCACACCGCAACGGUGAUCAUGGCCCAUGGCCUCGGCGACAGCGGUGCUGGAUGGAUGGCCCUCGCGCAGAACUGGCGCCGUCGCGGCAAGUUCAACGAGGUCGCUUUCAUCUUCCCCAAUGCGCCUAACAUCCCGAUCACCGUGAACUUCGGUAUGGCCAUGCCCGGCUGGUACGACAUUGCCCACCUGGGCCGCGAUCUUGACUUCCAAGACAACGUCCGCAACCAAGACGAGCCAGGCAUCCUGCGAUCCCGCGAUUACUUCAACUCCCUGAUCAAGCAGGAGAUGGACAAGGGCAUCAAGCCUUCGCGCAUCGUGCUGGGUGGAUUCUCACAGGGUGGUGCUAUGUCCGUGUUCACCGGUAUCACCGGCAAGGAGAAGCUCGGUGGAGUUUUUGGUCUGUCGUGCUAUCUCCUGCUCAGCGAUCGGAUUAAGAGUUUCACGCCUGAGGAGUGGCCCAACAAGAAGACUCCGUUCUUCCUGGCGCAUGGCGAGGACGAUGAGGUUGUCAAGUUUGCGUAUGGUGAGCGCUCGGCUAAGAUGCUGACUGAGAUUGGUCUGGAGGAUGUUACGUUCAAUACCUACUCCGGUCUUGGUCACAGCGCGGACCCGGUCGAAAUCGAUGACCUCGAAAAGUUCCUGGAGAAGGCGAUUCCUCCCGAGGGUGAUGGCCAAGCGACGGCUGGAUUGUGA